CGAGGGCCACGUUGCUUUUGCGGUGCCGGGUAGCAAGAUUUCAGCCAUGGCUUCCGCGGACUCCCGGCGGUUGGGGAAUGGCGGCAGUGUCGGGGGCGCCUUCCAGCUCUAUCUGGACUCCUUGCGGCAGGAACUGCGGCAGAGGGACCCGACGCUGCUGUCAGUCGUGGUGGCGCUCGUCGCGGUGCUGCUGACGCUGGUGUUCUGGAAGUUCAUCCGGAGCAGAAGAAGCAGUCAAAGAGCUGUUCUUCUUGUUGGCCUUUGUGACUCCGGGAAAACAUUGCUUUUUGUCAGAUUGUUAACAGGCCUUUACAGAGACACUCAGACUUCCAUCACUGACAGCUCUGCUGUCUACAGAGUCAACAAUAACAGGGGCACUAGCCUGACCUUGAUUGACCUCCCUGGCCAUGAGAGCUUGAGACUUCAGUUCUUAGAGCGGUUUAAGGCUUCAGCCAGGGCUAUUGUGUUUGUUGUGGAUAGUGCAGCCUUCCAGCGAGAGGUGAAAGAUGUGGCAGAGUUUCUGUAUCAAGUCCUCCUUGACAGUAUUGGUCUGAAGAACACACCGUCAUUCUUAAUCGCUUGCAAUAAGCAAGACAUUACAAUGGCAAAAUCAGCAAAGUUAAUUCAGCAGCAGCUUGAAAAAGAAAUCAAUACUUUACGAGUCACCCGUUCUGCUGCCCCCAGCAUACUGGACAGUUCCAGCACUGCCACUGCUCAGUUGGGAAAGAAAGGCAAAGAAUUUGAAUUCUCACAGUUGCCCCUCAAAGUGGAGUUCCUGGAGUGCAGUGCCAAGGGCGGAAGAGGGGACACUGGCUCUGCUGACAUCCAGGACUUGGAGAAGUGGCUGGCUAAAAUCGCCUGAGGGCCAGAUCCAAACACAAGAUGCGAAUGUGUGUGUGUGUGACUGACAGUUUUGGAAAAGGAUGUGGUAGUCUGGAGUUGAUAAAGAAGGGGUACAAAUAUAGUUAGCAACUUUUCCUUGUUCUGGAAACAAAUUAUUGUUGAAACCAGUGUGGAAGUUUUUAAGUUCAGUUCUCCCUUAUUGCUUUGAAGCUAGUUAGUUUGAUUUGAUUCGUGUCUUCCCUUUUCAAAGUGUAUGUAAGGUCCCUUUAGCAUAUGCUUGAUGUAAGGUCAAGGUCUAACAAGCCGACCUCACGUAGAGAGGAUAUUAUCUUGAGAAUAUAAUAUCAUCUAAAAUGUUUUCUUGUCCUCUGCUUCUGUGCUUUGGUCUCUUUUUCCUGGAAACAAACCUGCCUGUGUAUGGAACUGGGUGAUUUCCAAUUGCCUUUGACAUUCAUGGGCAGUACAUCAUCUAGUCCUCUGUGAAUUUUCAGAUUUGUAGAUGCAAUUACAAUAUCGUCUCCGACAUGUGAAGGAAGGUUGAAAACAGCAGGGCUGUGUUGACAGUGGUCUGUUCUUCAUCAGCUCAGUGACUUGUCCACACUCCAGCCUCAUAGCACUUAGGUUUCAAAAACAUAUUGUGAACCCUAGGAGUCGUCCCCAGGUGAUAGAACUAUAAGUGCUAAAUCCCCAAAUGCCACUGAAAUGUACACUAGAAAUGUACAUUCUAGUGGUUUCCCUUAACUGGGGAAUAUAUGGAGAUUUAGAAGCUAUUCUGGUUUUCUGGAUGCAUGAGUACUCCUGGGCUAUCUUCAUGUGCUGUUUGAUGAGCUCCUAUUUUGUACUGUCAGCUUGAAUGCUGUGGAACAAAUACAAAAUGAAAAAAGUUCUCUGUAGAUUUUUAAAGUGCAUAUUCACUGAUGGUUUAAAAAAAAUGGCGUUUUCAAAGUGAUGUUCUUUGCUGUCUUCUUAAAUGUAUGGCUUUUAUAAAUGAUUAAUACAUUUCUUGGUAAACAAAACAGCCUGUCUAGCUUAAAGCACUUAAAUAGAGUGGUAGAGUAGGUACAAGUGGGAGCACGUUUUAGGAUUCAGGCCCAACUCCAAGUUUCCAGGGCCUAAUGAUUGCAGUGUACAUAAGAACAAACUCUUCAAUCCCUACCUCACACACUCAGGGACAAGCCAACUAAAGCCUCAAAGGAGACAAGGGUGGCUGUGGAUAAGUGAGACACUAAUCGCAGAGCAGUGCGGGAAGAGCAGUAACAGGAGAGGCGCAGGGUGCUCCAGGAGUGUGCAGUGGGGCGCCUAACCCAGUCUUGAGGGAUGGGGAGAGGCAAAGGAGAAAAGCAUGGAGCUGAUGACGUACAGUGAGUGUGGCCCCCACGUACAUACACUACGGCCCAGGCCUCUGCCUGCUGUCUCCCCUUCCUGUGUGUCACUCUGGCUCCGAGUGAGGGGACCCCAGGGCCCCUCCUCCCCUGCCCGCACACCCUGCAUGGCACCUGGCUUGCUGGAGUAUGAAAUAAACCCAGGCUCACGUGGAGAAGACGUUAAGAGUCUGACCGUGGCAGGUUUCUUAUUGGGAAGCCUUACUGCUGCUAAUGUUAUUACUGUCUUUUGGACUCUUUCUUGCCCUUUCCUUAUUAGCCGAGUAGUAAUUUAAGGAAGUGGGUAAGAUCAAUGAACCAGAAGCCCAAAGGGAAUGUGAUGAAUGUGACAUGUUCACAUAAUCAUAGGUAAUGCUCACCUGAAUAAACAUCAAUGGCUUGAUGCUUCCGUUAA